ACCCAACAAUGAGGCCAGGCGAAAAUUAUGGAUACAAAAUAUAGGCAGAACGAACCCACUGCCGCUGCACGCAUAUGUUUGUCAAUUGUAAUAUCAAUGUUGGACAAAGUAAUGCACAUCAGCAUCUUUGUGAGGAAAUAUAUCUUGUGGCUGAACACACAGUUCUGUCGAAGGACUCUAGGAAUUGAGUUGAUAUUAUCGAAAUGUCAGAAUAUUAACAUAUCUUAUCUUUUUCAGGAUCACUUUACGGACGAUCAGUUUGAGCUGGGAAGGGCGGACCAUAGAAGGCUACUGAAAUGGAACAGUGUUCCUACAAUAUUCCCUCGUUGCAAAGCGCAGAAUAUUAAAUGCAGACGUCCACCAAAACGGGAGGCAAUUGUACUUGCGAAAGAUGAAUCCAGCAUGAAUUCGCCAGAGAAAGCUACCAUGGAUGAGAACUUAAAUACUGAAAUCAGAAUAAGAAGAACAGAAGUAAACGAGGAAAGCUGUAAUGACGAUAUCAUGGAAGAGAACUUAAAUACUGAACUCGGACUGAGAGAAAUAGAAGUAAAUAAGGAAAGGUGUAAAGACAGUACGGAUGAAGUAGUGGCUUUAAAGUGCAAAUUGAAUGCUUCCCUAAAAGAAAUUCAUACUUUGAGGACUAUUAUAUUUCAACUGCAGGAAAUAAUAAAAAGAUUGGUAGAGGAAAAACAUGUAGAUGAAACAUAAUUGUCCUAGAUUUUGCAUCUUCAAGAUGAUGUACAAAAAUCUGUAUGAGAUUGUAUAUCAUGUCAAUCUAUACAAUCAAUACAAUUAGAGUUUAAAAGAGUUUAAAUGUUACUUACUCAAGAGAUUUAUUCAAUGAUAGAUCAGAUAUUUUAUAUGAUAGUAAUGAAUGUAUUUGUCUGUUUGAUUUAUAUUGUUACCAAAUCAACACUACCUUUAUUUUUCACAUUAUUUCAUAAUUAUUGAAACGAACAAAAUAUGAUUAUAAUAUUGUGACAGCAAGUAGUUUUAUUAUAUAAAAUUAUUGAAACAUAAAAUUUAUCUUCAAUAUAAUGAUCAAAACAUUAAAUGAUAUUCUAUUUCAAUAAAUACGAUAAAUGUAAUAGUAAUCUUAUUGUAUAUCAAAAGCAAUUAUAUUUGCUAUUUGAUAAGAACAAAGUGUAUGUACAAUAAUGUAAAAAUAAAAUCAUUUUUUUAAAUCAAAAUUCAA